GUCUCGAGCGGUUGGAUCUCCGGUUCGAAAAACAUCGUAAGAGCGCUACUACAGUGGACUGCCAAGAAAAUAUCAAUAAAAUCGCACCUCAGUACCAAAACUCCAUAACAAAAGUGCGGUGGAAAUUGUUGUGCUGUUCCGCUGAUUCAUUUCGCUUUGUGGCGGAAGUUUUCCCCCCAUUUUUCACCGUUCGCGUGCGGCCAUUAAUUUGAAUGCGCGGCUGAUUUUAAUCGCAACCAAAAGCCGCCCACCAUUUUCCGGCCAAGUUCGCUUACGUUACGUUAACCAAGAAUCAAAUAAAUAUGUGCCACCAUUAACCGCGAUUGUCAUUUGGCCGGCGAUUCUUCGAUGGGGAAGACGAGAAAAAAGACGAUUCCUUUGGCGCGUGUGAAGUUGUGACUCGACCCAAUUAGGCAAAAAAAACAAGCGCAAAUUAUAAUUAACAAAAAUAUUUUAAUUAUACCAGCUGAUGGCGGAAAAAAGCUUUCACUGCAACACAGCAGCCAAACCCGUUUUCGUACUUAAAAACCCGCACAUAUACGCAUACGCUUAUAGUUGUUUCCCUCACUAUAAGGGACAUAAUACGAUAUAGUAAAGCAGCCGCGUCGCAUCGCAUUCGGCAACUUGUUUAUUUCAAAAUUAUAUAUAACAAACACCAAAAAAAAAAAGCCCCAAAACGGGUAUCUUAUAAAUAGUGCGCUUUGUUUCGGCACCACAACAACACCAGAUCGACACCCCAACAAGUCCGGCUCUCACUUGACGUAGGUCAGGCCAAAGCUCCGCUGGAUCAGAAAAAAAAAACCAAAAACUAAAAACCAAAAACAAAAAAGCCGAAACCCGAAAAAGAUUCCAUACCUGUUGCCGGCGUUUCGAUCGAGGGCUCAGAGAGGGGAACCCGAUAAAUGGGUCUCGCCCCAUCAUCGUCGUAGACCCCAAACCAUCCGAUCGUAUCUGUGAAAAUGAUCCACUGGUCUCUGAUUGUCAGUGCCCUGGGCGUCUGCGUAGCCGUCUUGGGCGGCUACUGCGGCUGGAUUCUCUUCCCCAACAUGGUACACAAAAAGGUCGAGCAGAGCGUUGUUAUACAAGAUGGCUCGGAACAAUUCAAACGUUUUGUGAACCUACCUCAGCCAUUGAACUUCAAAGUCUACAUAUUCAAUGUGACCAAUUCGGAUAGGAUUCAACAAGGUGCCAUACCAAUAGUCGAGGAAAUAGGACCCUAUGUAUACAAACAAUUCCGCCAGAAGAAAGUGAAGCACUUUUCGAGAGAUGGCUCGAAAAUUUCCUAUGUGCAAAAUGUGCACUUCGAUUUCGAUGCCGAUGCCUCGGCUCCAUAUACCCAAGAUGAUCGAAUUGUGGCUCUCAAUAUGCACAUGAAUGCAUUUUUACAAGUAUUCGAAAGGGAAAUCACAGAUAUCUUUCAGGGAUUUGCCAAUAGGCUUAACUCUCGAUUGAAUCAAACGCCAGGCGUACGAGUCCUGAAACGAUUGAUGGAACGUAUUCGAGGGAAACGUAAAUCUGUGCUGCAAAUCUCUGAGAACGAUCCUGGCCUGGCUUUACUGCUGGUCCACCUGAAUGCCAAUCUGAAGGCGGUCUUCAACGAUCCAAGAUCGAUGUUUGUGAGCACUUCUGUAAGGGAAUAUCUUUUCGAUGGAGUGCGAUUCUGCAUUAAUCCGCAAGGAAUCGCCAAGGCAAUUUGUAACCAGAUCAAGGAAAGUGGAUCGAAAACUAUCAGGGAGAAGAGCGAUGGCAGCUUGGCAUUCUCAUUCUUCGGUCAUAAAAAUGGUUCCGGACACGAAGUCUACGAGGUGCAUACUGGAAAAGGUGAUCCUAUGAGGGUAUUGGAGAUACAAAAACUGGAUGAUUCGCACAACCUGCAGGUGUGGCUGAAUGCCAGUUCGGAGGGCGAAACUUCGGUUUGUAAUCAAAUCAAUGGAACUGAUGCCUCCGCCUAUCCGCCAUUUCGCCAGCGAGGGGAUUCCAUGUACAUCUUCAGCGCGGAUAUUUGCAGAUCGGUGCAGUUGUUCUACCAAACCGAUAUACAGUACCAGGGUAUUCCUGGAUAUAGGUACUCUAUCGGCGAGAACUUUAUCAACGACAUUGGUCCGGAACAUGAUAACGAGUGCUUCUGUGUUGACAAAUUGGCGAAUGUGAUCAAGAGGAAAAACGGUUGCCUGUAUGCAGGGGCCUUGGAUUUGACCACCUGUUUGGAUGCCCCUGUGAUUUUGACAUUGCCGCACAUGCUGGGCGCCUCGAAUGAGUACCGCAAAAUGAUAAGAGGCUUAAAACCAGAUGCCAAAAAGCAUCAGACUUUUGUGGAUGUGCAGUCGCUGACUGGCACGCCUUUGCAAGGCGGCAAAAGGGUUCAGUUCAAUAUGUUCCUCAAGAGCAUAAAUCGCAUCGGCAUCACGGAGAAUUUGCCCACAGUUUUGAUGCCCGCCAUUUGGGUGGAAGAGGGCAUUCAACUCAAUGGUGAAAUGGUGGCCUUUUUCAAAAAGAAACUGAUCAACACACUGAAAACCCUCAACAUCGUCCACUGGGCGACCUUGUGUGGGGGCAUUGGGGUGGCGGUUGCGUGCCUGAUAUACUAUAUCUAUCAAAGGGGGCGUGUCGUGGAGCCGCCCGUGAAGUAAGAUAUUAAUCAUAAAUCGGUAUUUGUUAUUGAGAGUUAUGUAAAAAUGUAUUUGUUAUACUACUAUUAUGUGUGUGGAUGUAACACAAGAAGUUUUUGUCUACGAAUUUGUAUAUAAUUUAUUUUUUAAAUGUGAUUCUAUUGUAUUGUGAUUUAGCGUUUA